AUGAGCAGAUUGGAGGGCAAAAUCGUAAUAAUAACAGGCGGAGCGAGCGGGAUAGGCGCGGAAUCCGCGAAGCUGUUCGCGGAACACGGCGCUCGAGUGGUCAUCGCAGACGUGCAAGAUAAACUCGGACAAGACGUCGUCAUUUCGAUUGGGGAAGACAAAGCCAGCUACUACCACUGCGAUGUCAGAAACGAGACUGACGUCGAAAACACCGUUAAGUUCACAGUCGAGAAACACGGCAGGAUCGACGUUCUGUUCAGCAACGCCGGCAUAGUAGAGCAGAAGCAAGCUAGCAUCCUCGACCUCAGCCUCGAAGAGCUCGACAGAGUCAUGGCCAUCAACCUCCGCGGCGCGGCGGCGUUCAUAAAGCACACGGCACGCGCCAUGGUGGAGAGAGGGACACGCGGCUCAAUUGUGUGCACCACAAGCGUUGUGACGGAGAUCGUGGGAAAGGCGCAGCACGGGUACACGGCGUCGAAGCACGCGCUCUUGGGUCUGCUCAGAUCGGCCGCUGGUGAAUUGGGGAAACAUGGGAUCAGAGUCAACGGAGUCGCGCCGUUUGGGAUCGCGACGCCUAUGUUAUGCGACGGUUCCGAGAUGGAGGCGAGUAAGUUAGAGGAGAUCUUCAGCUUAUCGGCAAAUCUGAAAGGUGUUGUGCUCAAGGCUCGACACGUGGCGGAAGCUGCUCUGUUUCUCGCCUCUGAUGACUCUGCUUACGUGAGUGGUCAAAACCUCGCCGUUGAUGGUGGAUUCGCCGUGGUUAAGCCUUAA